AAACCGCUGUCAUUUCAGUGACGUAUCACUUCUUCGAUAGUGGGCUGCAAAAGUCAAUCGGUAUUUCGUAUAUUCUAGUUUGUUGGAUUUUUAGCCGUAUUAAAUAAAUAAAAGUCGAUCAUGGAUGAAGAAUACGAUGCGAUCGUUUUGGGCACCGGCCUGAAAGAGUGCAUUCUCAGUGGAAUGUUGUCUGUGUCCGGCAAAAAAGUAUUACAUGUUGAUAGGAAUAAAUACUAUGGUGGUGAAUCUGCUUCAAUCUGUCCUUUGGAGGAUCUGUUUACUAAAUUCAAUGCUCCAAAUCCAGACGAGACAUACGGAAGAGGCAGAGAUUGGAAUGUGGAUCUUAUUCCAAAAUUCUUGAUGGCCAAUGGAUCUCUUGUAAAACUUUUGAUCCACACUGGCGUAACAAGAUACCUAGAGUUUAAAUCUGUAGAAGGCAGUUAUGUCUACAAGGGGGGCAAAAUUUCAAAGGUCCCUGUAGAUCAAAAAGAAGCCCUCGCCUCGGAUCUGAUGGGAAUGUUUGAGAAACGUAGAUUCCGCAACUUCUUGAUCUACGUCCAGGAUUUCCAGGACCAAGAUCCCAGAACCUGGAAGGACUUUGAUCCCAACAUUGCAAACAUGCAAGGACUUUAUGACAAGUUUGGUCUCGACAGAAAUACUCAAGAUUUUACUGGUCAUGCUUUGGCCCUUUACAGGGAUGACGAUUACCUAAAUAGGCCAGCAAUUGAAACUAUCAACCGAAUCAAGUUGUAUUCUGAUUCUUUGGCCAGGUACGGAAAAUCGCCAUACCUGUAUCCUAUGUAUGGUUUGGGAGAAUUACCCCAAGGUUUCGCCCGUUUGUCGGCCAUCUACGGCGGCACCUACAUGCUGGACAAAGCUAUCGACGAGAUCGUGUUCGGCGAGGGCGGCCGAGUGAUCGGCGUGCGUUCCGGCGACGAGGUGGCCAAGUGCAAGCAGGUAUUCUGCGACCCGAGCUACGUGCCCGACCGUGUACGCAAGAAGGGCAAGGUUGUCAGGUGCAUCUGUCUUAUGGAUCACCCGAUACCCAACACCAAGGACGCGCUGUCCACGCAGAUCAUCAUUCCGCAGAAGCAGGUCAACAGGAACUCUGACAUUUACGUGUCCUUGGUCAGCCACACCCACCAGGUAGCAGCUAAAGGUUGGUUCGUCGCCAUGGUCUCAACCACCGUGGAGACCGAAAACCCGGAAGCGGAAAUCAAGCCGGGUCUCGACUUGUUGGGGCCGAUCCGUCAAAAGUUCGUUUCGGUAUCAGACUACUACGAACCGACCGACGACGGUAUCAACUCGCAAUUGUUCAUUUCUCAAUCUUAUGACGCUACAUCUCACUUCGAGACCACCUGCCAAGACGUCUUGGACAUCUUCAAGCGAGGCACCGGCGAAGAGUUCGACUUCUCCAAAAUCAAGCACGAAUUGGGCGAUGAAGAACAGUAAAUUUGUAAGAUUCUUUCUUUUAUAGUUUUUACACUUACCCACCCCCCUACAACGCUAUACGAUAUAUCAAUGUGUAAGCAAUCAAUGAUCGCAGCCGUUUAAAACCUAUUUUGGCCUACAUAGGUGAAAUGUAAGUGUAAAAAAAUGUUAUGUAGGUAAUCUAUGUGCAACUUUUUUACUUUAUUUUUAUAACAUUAUUUCGCGGGAUACUAUCGUUAAUUAGUAUAAUUAUUGUACUAUUUAAUGGCCCCUUUAUGUAAAAAUUAGUACCAAACCAUUUUUAUAGGUGUUGAUAUCGUGUUACUCUGUAAAGAAAACGCGCGUUUUUUACCAGUAUCAAUAAAAACAAAACUACUACAUCGAUUUUCCACAACAGAGUUACACAAUAUCGCUAAUAGGGUUUAAAUUUGAUACCCAAAAGACAUUGCUUUAUUCAAAUUUGUUAUUUUGCGAAUCGGAAUUUGUCGUAAUUAAGAUGCAACUGAAUUUUGUGAAAAUGUGUAAUUAAAUAUAGCUUUACGUUUUAUUAGAUGCAUGAAAAUUUUAAUUAUUAUUAUUAUUAUGGUGAUACUGGCACACUUGAUACUGUAUUAUGUGAUGGAACAAAAUAAACCAAAAUUUAAACAGUA